AUGAACGGCGAUAGCUAUUCCAGAGACGGUGGCCGACAGAGCGGAUCGCGGAAUUACUCCUCGAGAGAUGACCAUCGCGAUCGCGGCGACCGCGGCGACCGGGGUGGCGACAGGCGGCGACGUCGUUCACGCUCUCCCCGCCACGGCGGAGGCUCCCGCCGCGACUACGAGGUAGACACGUAUUCUUCCAGCCGCGACUACCGUGAGCGCGAACGCGAGGACACAUACGCACGUCGAGAACGUCGCGAUGACCGGGGCGAGCGGGGAGGGGACCGAGGUGGCUGGGGCGACUCGUACUCGAGACGCGACCGACCUCGAGGAGACCGCGACCGCGAUGACGACCGCGGCCACCGAAGAGAACGUGGAGACCGCAAUGAGAGAGGCGGCGACCGAUUUGGCGGCGAGGACCGCAGAGGUGGACGGGGAGGACGCGAUGGAGGCUUCGGUGGCGGACGUGAUAGGGCGCGUCAGGCAAAGGAAGACUCUCCGCCCUUCAACAAGCCGCGCGAGGCUACGCCGGAUCUUGCCAGCUUCACAAACAUCCAGAAGCGCCAGCGUCGCAUGACCCAAUGGGACAUCAAGCCUGCAGGCUACGAAAACAUCACGGCAGAGCAGGCUAAGCUGUCGGGCAUGUUUCCAUUGCCCGGUGCCCCCCGCGCUGCGCCCAUGGACCCGUCUAAGCUGGCUGCCUUCAUCUCGCCCUCUUCCGGAACUGCCACAGCUGCCGCUCUCGCAACAUCAGCCGCCAAGCAAUCCAAGCGCCUCUAUGUCCACAAUCUGCCCUCGGGCUGCACUUCUCAGGAGAUCAUGGAGUUCUUCAACAACCAGCUCAACGGUCUCAACGUCGUGUCCGGAAACGACCCGUGCCUGUCAGCCCACAUUGCUACUAGCAAGGAGUACGCUGCGCUAGAGUUCAAGGCACCCGAAGAUGCGACCCUUGCUUUGGCUAUGAAUGGAAUCUCUAUGCGCGACGACGGAGGAGCUCCCGACAGGUCGGGUCUGUCCAUCCGCCGCCCCAAGGAUUACAUUACUCCCUCUGCCGAUGAGAACGCAUACCCACCUGGCGACGAGAUUUCCUCUGUUGUCAAGGAUAGCCCUAACAAGCUGAGCAUCGUCAACAUUCCUACCUACAUUGAAGAGGAGCAGAUUCGAGAACUCGUAGAGACUAUGGGCAAGCUGAAGGCUUUCACCCUCGUCAAGGACACCGGCACCGAUCAGCACCGCGGUAUCGCAUUCUGUGAGUACGCGGACAACGGAGUCAUCGAUGCUGUCAUCGAAGGUCUAAACGACAUCCCGCUUGGUGAUGGCAACCUCAAGGUUUCACGUGCCACUGUCGGACUUCAGCAAACGACUGGUCUCGAUGGUGGUGUUGGUGCCAUCUCCAUGUUGGCAGGAGCCAGCGCGGCCGAGAACCAUGAGCACAGCCGUGUCAUCUGCUUGAUGAACAUGGUCACCUCGGACGAGCUUCUGAAUGACGAGGAAUACGAAGAAAUCAAGGAAGACAUCGAAGAAGAGUGCGGCAAGUACGGACCCAUCGUUGAGACCAAGAUUCCCCGUCCCGCCGGUGCCCGCGUCAACCUCGGUGUUGGCAAGAUUUAUAUUAAAUACAAGGACACCGAGUCUGCGCAAAAGGCCAUCAAGGCACUUGCUGGUCGCCAGUUCUCGCGGAGAACCGUUGUUGCGACCGAGUUCUCCGAAGAAGGCUUCGACGUCGAUGCCUGGUAG